AUGAAGCCUUCGCAAGCACUUCUUAUAAUUGUGUCCUUGACGUGCUCAGCUUGGGCCCAAAGCAACACGCUCUCCCCAGCACAAGAUGCUGCCUCCUCUCAGGCACGUCAGCCGGAAACCUCAGCGGCCAAUGCUCCAGCAUCAUCAGUCGGGAGACCGCCCGCGUCAGCUAGUUCGCCCAAUGUAGAUGUACCGCCCCUAGGCAGCUCCGCCCGACCCGACCCCCAAGAAACAACCGCUGCCGUAAGUCAACCUGUGCCGAAGACGCCAGGAAACUCGCCCAAAGCGACAUCCGGAGCUGUGCAAGUUGCCGCCUCUUCGAAGGGAGACGACCGGACAGUCGAUUCGCCGUCACCUAGUGUCGUCAACGUAAACCCGGACAACUCUAACAACCCGCAGGCCACCCGGGCCCCGUCCAUCUCUGUCCAAGGAGGGGCGACAAGCACCGGAGCUGCAUCCGCUGCUCCAACCACCAGCAAAACUGGGCCAGCACAACCCGGCUCACCUUCCAAUGGCAAUGGCACAGAUACUAGAUCGGGAGGCGGAUCCGGUGUCGGCGCCGGCGCAGGUGUAGCCACCGCCUCGCCGUCAUCACCGAACCUCGCGACAACAGUGUCCUUCUCCGCUCAGCCCUCUGAUGGAUUCUCAAACGUCAACCAGUCCGUCGUCGAGAAGAUGCCUGAAUCGAAAACACCUACGCCACCAGAUGCUUCUACGCUUGAGCAGUUCAAUGCUGAGUUGACCGCCAACGUCCCCGAAAAGGCCAUAUCUCAAAAGAAUGCGAAGGCUUUAGCUAUCCUGGAGACAGCCUACUUUGAGUAUUUCGUCAAUAAAGACCCUGCACCGGUAGACAUGGGAAGGAUUGCAAUACCCGCUAGCAUCUCUCAGUGCCAGACCCAGUAUGCAAGGAAUCUAGUGAAGAGAAACAGCAUCGUCGACGAGAUUCUAAGCUAUGUCCCUCUCCUGUCAAGAGAUCUCCGUGGCUUUGACAAUUGCAAGGCUGUCGAAUCUUUGGAGGUUGGAGUCUACUUCCACUACAUGAGAGCCACAUCAACCGCCGACAGACCCAAUGAGCUGGAGUCUCGAGUGAAAGCCCAGGUCGACGUCCUCAAAGAAGCACUAGGCGCAAUCAAGAUCAACUUUCGCUACAUGUCCCUGAACUGGUGGGAGCCCAAGACCGGCGAAGACUGGUCCGUCGUCACACGCAGAGAAACCAAACUGCAAGAGUGGCAGCAGCGUACCCGUGCCCCGGGAAAGCUCACUCUAACAGUGUGGCUUGUGAACGGGCUUCGCGGGAGCCAAAACGACGAUCUCAAUAGCUACGCCACCUUUCCCAACGAGAACUUGGACGCGAAUGACGGCAUCGUGAUUGAGGCCGCGCAUGUCCAGGGCGGAGAUUCUACUACGCUCGUUCACGAUGUCGGACACUGGUUGGGGUUGGGACACACAUUUGGCGAUAUCGGGACGCAGUGCGCCAGCCAGGACGGGUUGACGAACGCGACGCAAACAUGGGGAAUGAAAGACGUGGUUUACGAAUGUUCUCAGGUCCCCUGUUCAGGCGGGAGCGCGGUUGAGAUAAACAACUACAUGAGCUACUCCUCAUGUCGCGGCAAAACUCCGCAGGACGGGUUCACGACGGACCAGAAGGCGCGGAUGUUUGCCAAUGCGCUGCAGUUCCGUCGCGGGUACGAGGCGGGAGAGUGCAUGCCUGACGGCAAGGCGGCUGUGCGGAAACGGUCUAGCAUGCAGGAUUUGUUGGAUGGCAAGUGCCCUGACGUUGACAAACAAGCCAAUAUCCUGAUGGACGCGCCUCAUAGUCUGAGCGCAAGGACGCACGGAUUGUCAAAGAUGGGAUGGGCUGUUCUUGCAGGGUGGUGGGCGGUGAAACUGGUCAUGUAG